CGAUGCCAACUGACUGAUGUGUUUCUCAAGGCUGCACCCCUAUUGCCCUGAAUAAUAUUAACUGUGCGCUGCCUGCCCUGACUCGUUCCGUCCUUUCUAUUCUUGCUCUACCUAGCCGUCCCUCCUCUCCGGAGUGAGGUCUUUAUCUAUUAUCUUUGUCCCUCCUUGCCCAUACAUAAGCCAGUCCCUCAAUCACUAAUAGUGCGUUUCGAAUCCUACGCCGCUCAACACUUUCUACUUCCCUCGCGAUAUCUCAACCCGACUGCGGAGCAGGAGGCAAAGUACCACAGAUCCCUAUAUAUUCGAUUUUAGCAGCUGCGCGCGCGGGCUCUUCAAUUUCCCCCAAUCACCGAAGAUGGCCGAAAAACCAAGUGUGCUGAUAGUCGGCGGGAUGGGCUACAUCGGCCGCUUCCUCGCCCUCUACAUCCACGAGAACAACCUGGCCUCCGACGUGCGCCUCGUCGAUAAGGUGCUCCCCCAGCUGGCGUGGCUGGCGCCUGAGUUCAGCGAGGCGUGCGCGCAGAGCAAGUUCGUCCAGGCGGACGCCUGCCAAGCUCAAUCGCUCCCGAGGAUAUUCGAUCGCGCGGAUGGGAAGGAGUUUGACUACGUCUUCAAUUGCGCCGGUGAGACGAGGUACUCGCAGGAUGAUGAGAUUUAUAAGCUGCGCGUGGUGACGCUGGCGCAGUCGAUAGGGAAGGAGGCGGCGAAGAGGGGGGUGAAGGCGUUUGUGGAACUCAGCUCUGGGCUUGUCUACAAGUCGGAUUCGUCGCCGAGGAAGGAGACGGACAAACUGAAGCCGGCGAUUAAGCAUGCGCAGUACAAGUUGCAGGCUGAGGAGGAGUUGGCCAAGAUCGAAGGGCUCAACCUCAUAAUUAUGCGCCUCGCAUUCGCAUACGGAAAAUACGACUCAAAAUUCGUGUCCAAAGGUCUCGUACUCGCACGCGUCUACAAGCACCUCGGGGAGGAGCUGAAAUGGCUGUGGACGAAAGACCUCAAAGUCAACACUGUGCACGUCGACGACGUAACACGCGCUCUCUGGGCAGCCUGCGAAUGGCAAGCCAAGGGCAAGGCCGGCUGGGACGCCAGCACGAUGGGCGCCGUCCCUACCUUCAACAUCGUCGACCACACCAACACCAACCAGGGCCAACUGGCGACGCAUAUCACCGAGAUCUACGAUAUCAAGACCGGCUUCGUGGGAUCGCUGCUCAGCACGUUCGCGCGUAUGAAUAUGGACCAUGUGCUGGAGGACAUCAACGAGCAUGUUAUGGGCCCCUGGGCGGACCUGCUCAGUGACGCUGGCAUCACACGGCCUGGUCCCCUUGGCCCGUAUCUGGAGAAGGAGCAGCUCAAGGACGAGGAUCUGUACCUUGAUGGGUCGAGGUUCGAGAGUCUCGCCGGGUUCACGUACUCGCGGCCGAAGCUGGGGAAGAAGGAGCUGGAGGAGAUGAUUGAGAGUUACAAGACGAUGAACUGGUGGCCUUAAAACGAACGGCCUUCUGUUCAGGCGAACGAGCGACGAUGCAGGCCCGACUGGGCUGGACGGCCGUACGGCAGAUUUUUUCCUUGGUUUCCGAGACUUGACACUUUGCUCAUUGUGCGACGAAAAACCCCUUUGUUUUCUUUUCUUUGUACAACUUAUACGGCUGGCUAUGAUUGAUGAUGAUGAGUAGCAGAGCGAUGCCACGAUGACUUAUCGGUUUCCUUUGUCUGUACUCUCUUCACGUUUUGACGUGGUUCAUGGGCGUGUGCUUUCUGAUCGUUGGGGAUGUAGGAUAGAUAGAUAAUACUAAUACACGAAUAUUGUUAUACCGGAG